AUGGCAACCCUGUCCGACUUCCCAGUACAACAUGGAAUUAUCACCAAUGGACAUCCGGUCUUUGACCGUCCUCAUCGCCUGACUGGAGAACGCUUCGCAGCUAUGCAAAAUGUAUUUGACUUACUGCUAAAGAUUGGAGUCCCUUACAACUGGAGAUUAUACCACCACUGUCCCUGUUCGCUAUCCUUUGCCUAUUAUAGAAAAUCUCUAAGAAAGCAAAAGAUCCGAUGCAUUCCGCUACGCUACGUCGACGACAUCUUGGUCGACUGCAACUCGCACGAAGAGCACAAGCACCAACUCAUCGAACUCUUCACGGUGCUCGAAGUUGAUGCGAACCUGCAGAACGUUGUAAAUGUGUCAGAAUGGUUGUUAAAUCCGGUUUUUAGUCUGGCCAACAUAUUGUACGAGGUUAUACCGUUCACCUACGAGCAGAAGAAAUUGCUUGAAUUUUUGGAGACAGGGUUAGAAAUCGGAAUUUGGCAGAUCGUUCGCAAGUCUAAACGCUCGUUCCAUAUAUCGGUACCUUUGUAUUUUCGCAAAGAAUUCGAAAAUGCGUUUGGUGCACUAAGUUUUAAUUUGAAGUUACUCGGUCGCGAGGUCAAAGCAAGCACAAGUAAUCAUCAAAAAAUUUGUAAAAGUGCACCUGCACUGAGAGAUGCACCAAUUAGUUUUAAGAAGUAUCAUCGAUAUGGCGAGGAAUGUAAAUUAUACGAAGUAAAUCCAUCCACGCGGGAACAAAUAAAACUUUUAGAAUUUUUGGAAGACGAAUUCGAAAUUGACAUAUGGAGUGUUUCUCGAAAAUCAAAAAGGGCGUUCAGCAUCUUGGUCCCGUCGUUCCUACAGCAUGAGUUCGAGAACGCGCUGACUGAUUUAGAACUACCUUAUAAAGUAAUUGUUCAGGACGUUCGCGCAAUUGCGGAUGAGGAAAGAAACAAUAAUGACAAGGUACCAUCCAUAAUCGAAGGAAAAAUUAGUUUUCAAAAGUAUCAUCGGUACGCUGAGAUUGAAGAAUAUCUCAAGUAUUUGUCUCAGGAAUAUCCCAAAGUGGUCACCCUAAAAAAUUACGGUGUUUCGUACGAAAAUAGAAAUUUAUCGGCAAUUCAUAUUGCGACCGGCGGCCAGGAGAGCAAACCCAUAAUUUUUAUAGAUGCGGGCAUACACGCGCGGGAAUGGAUCGCUCCGGCACAAGCUUUAUUCAUAUUACAUGAAUUAAUUGAAAACGGAGAAAAUAAACAUAUGAUAGAGAAAGUGGAUUGGAUUAUUAUCCCCUUGGCUAAUCCAGACGGAUAUGAAUAUUCCCAUACAACGGAUCGAUUUUGGAGAAAAACUCGUUCCCGAAUAAGCAACGAUUGCAAGGGAGUGGAUCCGAACCGCAACUUUGACUUUCACUGGAUGAAGCACGGCGCAAGCAAGAACCUAAGAUCGCAAACCUACGCAGGUCCGUGUCCGUUUUCUGAACCGGAGACGCGCGCCCUCAGCCAUCUGAUCAAAACUAACAGCGAACGAAUUAGGCUGUAUCUAAGCAUUCACAGUUGCAAACAGUGCAUAAUCUAUCCGUUCGGUUUUACGAAGGUACGGCCGUACAACGGCGACGAACUUCAUCAUUUGGCCCAGCGCGUUGAAGAAGCGAUACAUAAAGUGAACGGAAAUCACUAUGACGUUGGGAAUUCUCCGAGUGUUUUAAAGAAAACAUCAGGUUCGAGUAGGGACUGGGUGUAUGGAGUCGCCGGAAUUGAUCUUUCGUACACUUUGGAAUUACCGGGAGGCGGGACUAGAGGUUUCGACUUACCGCCCGACGAGAUCUUGGGCGUGGUCGAAGAAAUUUUUGCGGGGAUCAAGAUAUUUCAUAAAUACGUGCAAUUAAAGUAUGUUUACUAAAUAAA